AUGCCGCCGCCUCCAUCCAUCUCCCCGCUCUGUCUGGAAAUAUGCUCGCCCCCGACCUCCGAAGUUGACGCUGAUGAGGUGCUUGGCUCCGAUGACGAACUCGACGAUGUAGCGCUUUCUGCUCGGCAUCGAAGGAUUGAGCGCCUGGCGGAGGCAUACCUGCAGGGCACACCACUUUUCAUACUCUCCGCCUCGCUUCGAGGCCCGUUCGACAAGGACUGGGUCAACCCGUGGAAGAAAUCGAGGAGGAAAGCGACCAACUUAGGGCAGAGGCAUGGCCGUUCAUAUAAGGAGCCAGAAGAAGUGGAGGAGGUUGUGGUACAAGAAACAAACUCGCGAAAACGUCGACGAUACCAUGAGUCGCGGGACAUCGGUGGCUCGGAUUCGCCCGUCAUCUCAUCGGAUCUGGAGCUCGCAGCAUCUCUACCAAAUGGGAACACUAGAUCGACCUCGGAGAGGCCAAAGGUCUUGAAACCAACGAGUGGAACAUCGACCCGCACUGUGCUAUCCUCGCGUCCAACGCCGAAAAGGUCACUGCCUUGGGUAAGACCCUCCGCUGCACAAGCUCAGGAGCAGGAACCAAGUCCAUUUAUCCAACAUGAUGCACGUUGGUUGAAAAAGGAUCGUGUCCGCAUCAAUUCAAACAACAUUAACCCCCCCACAUCUCCCACAGCCACUGUCUCCAGCCGUCACUCGGAACUUCGGGCACGCGCGGCCAUCUCAUCCAAACGACGCUCGCAGACGCCUGUGCUUCGGCCUCAAGCUCAUUCCCAUACCACCUCAAUCGGACACUCAAGCUCCCCCGGCCGCACGCUUUCCCGCCAGGGGUCCAUUGCGAGAACGGAUAUAUCGCGUGAGGGAGCAUCCAAAUCACCCGCCAAGCAAUCCAUCCGUAGCGAUAUGGAUCAUGCUGCCUUUUUGAAACCAGCCAAGGAGCAUGGCUCGCUCUGCAUUGUCUCCUCCUCAUCUCAACUUCCAAAAUUUGAAUACCGCCGGCGCAGGCUCUUUCCCGUCCUUACACAAGAUCAUGUUCAGCCAUCAUCGGCUGCAGAGGUUGAGCAGAUAGAGCCAGGAUCCGCUGCUGUUGCUGAUCAGCCCCCUCAGCCUCCAGGACCUCGAAACGUGUCCUUUGCGGACAAUAUCGCAUCUCGUCAAUUGGAGAGUUCACAGGAAUCGCACACUCUGAGGAGGGGGUCCAUCGUAACGACUGCUCAAUCCAACUCCGAACUUGGCCAGGAGCAACAGGCCAUCAUGCCCAUGCCUAGCAAUCCCAGCGAAAAACUUGACUCAGCUCAACGGGUGCCUGGAACCUCAGCCAUGAUGGACUGUGUCACGUCUUUGCAUACUAUUGCGGUCUCGAAAGACACUACUGACUAUGAUGGUGAUACUAUCCCUGAUCCUCCUUUUUCUACUCAGGCAGCGGUUCUCCUCGCACAAAGAUCCUUUCAAAAUGACUUGGACAGCCCCGAGCAUGAGCCACCUAGGGGACCGGAAAACGAUCAAUCUCGAACUGCAGCUGCUGCCUCACCCCCUGCAAUCAACAUCACGCCGUUCCGUCAUAUGAAUAUUCCACAGAAAAUUAGUACACUUGGACACCCGAUGCAGGAUUCGUCCGUCGGAGCCCCAAUGAUGAGCACACAGUGCAUCAUUGACGCUGUGACUCCGUUUACCUUUAGUACCGCAAAGAAGAAAACCAGCCACCAAAUUUACACCUUGAAAAGUCACUCAGAUAACAAAAAGAAACGCAUUAGUUUCGGAACCCAUCCGUCGCCAUCAAUACAUUCCUCCCCGUCUUCAGGCAAAGAUGUUCGUUCGCGUAAUGAGACUCAGGAUGAUGAGAUAGGUCCACAUAUCGCAAGCCAGAGGACCUCGUCGCCCCGGGAGCAUCAGUCUCCCAGCCAAAUCAGCGCCCUGCCUAUGACCUUAUCAGGAACCACGCCUCCCACAGCUCAGGACGGGCAAGGAGCUAUUGGAGGGGCAGAUAGCUUCAAUCUUAGCCAAGCUAUCGCAGACGCGGGCAGUUGGUUGCAACAGAGUUUUGAGAUCAACAAAGAUCUCCAGAGAUGCACCAAUAGUGCAUCAGUCCCUUCAUGA